AAAGGUGCUGAGUUGAAAAAAGAUUCUUUGGAAGAAAUGGGUUGUGCGAAUUUGGAGUUGCAUUUGCAAAUUUCCAUCGUGUCAGUGUUGAUUUUUACUGGAACAUUCUGUGUUGGUGACACUGACCCUCUUGAUGUUGCAGCAAUCAAUAGUUUGUAUGUGGCUCUCGGCUCACCAUCUCUUCAGGGGUGGAAAUCAACAGGUGGUGAUCCAUGUUUGGAAGAGUGGCAAGGUGUGAGUUGUGUCUUCUCCAACAUAACUGCAUUACGACUCGGAGGCAUGAAUUUAAGUGGAGAGCUGGGAAGUAAUUUGGAUUUCCCAUCCAUCAUAGAAUUGGAUCUUAGCGACAACCACAUUGGAGGGACCAUUCCAUCCACUUUGUCUCCUACCUUGAGGAACUUGUCACUUUCAGCUAAUCAGUUAACUGGAAGCAUUCCAGAUGCCUUGUCCUCAUUAACUCAAUUGUCAGACUUGUCAUUACAAAAUAACCUUCUGAAUGGACAAAUCCCAAAUGCGUUUCUACAGCUCACUGGUUUGAUGAAUAUGGAUUUGUCUGGCAACAACUUAAGUAGUCAACUUCCUCCCUCAAUGGGGAACUUGUCAUCCCUUACCACAUUACACUUGCAAAACAAUCACCUUGCUGGGACUCUUUUUGUCUUGGAGGACCUCCCUCUUCAGGAUCUGAAUAUAGAGAACAACAUAUUCUCUGGGCCAAUUCCUCCGAAGUUGUUGAGUAUCCCUAAUUUCAGAAAAGAUGGGAAUCCAUUCAAUACUACUAUUAUUCCAUCACCUCCAGCUGCUUCCCCUGCACCUGCUGCUAUGGCUCCUUCUCCAGAAGAAUCACCAGCAAAAGUGGCAAACAGUCCUUCUGCUACCAUGAAAGCACCAAUGUCUGCAAUUUCUCGGAGGCCUUUCAAAGUUAAGAGAAUAGUUUGGAUUGGUGGUGCAGGAUUUUUAAUAUUUAUUGCAUUAGUAGUUAGUCUUCUAAUGUUGUGGUUCUAUAAGAUCCGGCCAGAGAACAAAAAGUAUAAGAAACGUAACAUGGGUGUGUACACAAGAUCUUCACAUAAACAUACAUUUAGUGACUCUCCUUUUGAAGCAACUAACGACGAAGAGAAAGGAUGGAGUUCCAAACUUCCACCCUUGCAGCCAGCACCACCACAUCAGCUCCCAAUCAUUCCUGGAGAGAAGUUCAUUCAUCCAACUUUAUCUACCAAAGUAACUGAUAGACAAUUUAUAACAAGUUCUAUCAAAAUUUAUACUAUUGCAUCACUUCAGCAGUACACAAAUAGUUUUUCUCGUGAAAAUUAUAUUGGGGAAGGGACACUCGGCCCUGUUUACACGGCUGAGCUCCCUGAUGGAAAGCUACUGGUAGUUAGGAAACUUAAUGCGACUGCUUCCAUGGGGCACAAUCAUGAACAGUUUCUCCAAUUAGUGUCCAGUAUCUCCAAAAUUCAACAUGCUAAUAUUGUGAAGCUUAUGGGCUAUUGUGCUGAGUAUAGCCAGCGGCUACUUGUAUACGAGUAUUGCAGUAAUGGGUCCCUACAUGAUGCAUUGCAUGCAGAUGCUAAACUUCCAAUUAAACUUUCAUGGAAUGAUCGCAUUCGAGUGUCACUUGAUGCUGCAAGAUCCUUAGAGUAUCUGCAUGAGCAGUGUCAGCCACCUAUUGUGCACCAAAAUUUUAGGUCUGCUAAUGUUCUCCUAAAUGACAAGUUGGAAGUGUGUGUCUCAGAUUGUGGAUUAAGUUCUUUAUUGUCUUCAGGCUCUGCUGGUCAGUUGUCAGGAGGCCUUCCCACAGCAAAUGGUUACAGUGCUCCAGAAUUUGAGCACGGAAGUUACACACAGCAAAGUGAUGUCUUUAGUUUUGGAGUUGUGAUGCUAGAACUCCUCAGUGGUCGAAAACCGUAUGACAGCUCUCGGCCUCAUGGAGAGCAAUUUUUGGUGAGAUGGGCAGUCCCUCAACUCCAUGACAUAGAUGCUUUGUCAAAAAUGGUUGACCCCUCCUUAAAUGGAGCAUAUCCUAAGAAAUCCUUGUCUCGUUUUGCUGACAUUAUUUCUUCAUGUAUACAGCAUGAACCUGAAUUUCGACCAGCAAUGUCAGAAAUUGUUCAGGAUCUCUUGCGAAUGAUGUAGAGGAUCAUGCAGCCAGCUAUUAAUGAGAUUAUUAACUGCUAGCAAAUAGUCAAAGAGAAGACAGGAUUGUGUUAUGUACACACACAAACGCAACACGCAGAUUAUUCACAGGAACAUGCGUUUGUCAUGAAAAGC